AGAGAUAUAUGGACAGAUUAAUAUAUUUAAAGUGAUGUGAAAAUAUUUCGUGGAGCCCAUAUACUAAACACAUGCACAUGGAGAUCAGAAUGCAUGCUCACACACUUGUUUCCUACUUCUUCGUUUCAGAUUCCGCUCAAAUUCUUCCAUCCGAAGACACAGCACUUCCCAAUGGCGGUCAAAUACAUCGAAAUCUGGAUUGCAUUUCGCCAUUUUCAAAUCCCCGGAGCUUUUCACUAGCCCAAUUCGUCUCCCGGUUUUCGCAAUUGAGAAGAUUUUCUAGCUCUUCAAAUGGAUCUCCUCCGCGGGACGACUCCAUUCCAGCUGUUUCAUUAGAUAGCUCUAACCCUCCUAUUGAUGCAGGUUCUUCCAUUCGAAAGCCUGCAGUUUUCUGGCCUGGAAUACACCAUUCACCUGUGACAAAAGCCUUAUGGGAGGCAAGAUCAAGUAUUGUUGACGUGCUUUCGCAGGCCACCUCUGAUUCCCCUCCCAAAGGUAAAGUCACCAAGAGUCCUAGAAUGAGCAGGACCAGUGUGUUCUACAAAUUCUCCACUGAUUAUGCUCUGAGAGAACAAUAUAGAAACCCUUGGAAUAUGAUAAGGAUGGGAAGGCUAGUUGAAGACCUUGAUGCUUUGGCUGGAACAAUAUCUUACAAGCACUGCUCGGAUGUGGAUAGCACUACUAUGCCAUUAUUGCUUGUUACUGCCUCUGUUGACAAGAUGGUCUUAAAGAAACCUAUUCGUAUUGAUUUGGAUUUGGAAAUUGAGGGGGCUGUUACUUGGGUUGGGAGGUCAUCCAUGGAGAUACAAUUGAAAGUGACCCAAACUUCACCAGACACUUCAAACCCUUUGGCUUUAACUGCAAACUUCACGUUUGUGGCCCGUGACUCCAAUACUGGAAGAUCAGCUCUAGUCAACCAGAUUUCACCUGAAACAGAAGAUGAAAUAUUGCUCUGGAAUGAAGCUGAAGAAAGAAACAAGAUGAGGAAGAGGACGAGAGAGGAACCGACAAGGAGGGUUGAUAUUGAAGAAGUAAACAGGCUUAAUGAAUUGUUGGCUGAGGGCAGAGUCUUUUGUGACAUGCCUGCCUUGGCAGACAGGGAUAGCAUUUUGAUGAAGGAUACUUGCUUGCAGAAUUCCUUGAUUUGCCAACCACAACAAAGGAACAUCCAUGGUCGGAUAUUNAUACUGGAAGAUCAGCUCUAGUCAACCAGAUUUCACCUGAAACAGAAGAUGAAAUAUUGCUCUGGAAUGAAGCUGAAGAAAGAAACAAGAUGAGGAAGAGGACGAGAGAGGAACCGACAAGGAGGGUUGAUAUUGAAGAAGUAAACAGGCUUAAUGAAUUGUUGGCUGAGGGCAGAGUCUUUUGUGACAUGCCUGCCUUGGCAGACAGGGAUAGCAUUUUGAUGAAGGAUACUUGCUUGCAGAAUUCCUUGAUUUGCCAACCACAACAAAGGAACAUCCAUGGUCGGAUAUUUGGAGGAUUUUUAAUGAGAAGAGCUUUUGAGCUGGCCUAUGCAACAGCUUACUCAUUUGCUGGGACUGCACCUUGCUUCAAAGAAGUUGAUCAUGUGGAUUUCUUAAAACCUGUGGAUGUUGGGAAUUUCCUUCGUUUCAAAUCAUGUGUUUUGUACACAGAACUGGAGAACCCAUGUCAGCCUUUAAUUAAUGUUGAAGUUGUAGCUCAUGUUACAAGACCUGAACUGCGGUCCAGUGAGGUCUCAAACAAGUUCUACUUCACAUUCUCUCUCUGCUCAGAUGCAUUGAAGAAUGGGCUGAGGAUCCGCAACGUUGUUCCUGCUACAGAAGCGGAGGCACGUCGAGUAAUUGAACGCAUGGAUGCAGAGAGUUAAAUCUUCAUAGUACUCCCCGCCGUGCCCAAAUAAGGUUCCACAAUUUGACCCGAGACAUUUAUUAAGAAAGGUAAAAAAACGCAUGUUUUUACAAGAGGAGAGGGAUAUAAUAUGGGUCACAUACUCCACCCCACUAUUUUUGGGGCAAAGGUAUGAGACACUUACAUUAAGAUGUAGGAAUGAAUUUGAGCCAUACAAAUGUUAGGAAAUAUGAUAUGAAACUAAAUUUGAGAGAUGAAUUAAAAAGAGGGAAAAAACAAAGAGGGGAUUUUGGAACAAAUAAAAAAAAUGCUAGGGUGCCUCCAAAUGGUUGCUACCAGGUGUGCACCCAUGCUUCGCACAAAUGAUUAUCAUCUUUGUCGCACAAAUGAUUAUCAUUUGUGUCAUUUGUGCGAAGUAUGGGUGCACCCUGGUAGCAACCGUUUGGGGGGGGGGGGGGUAUCCUAGCAUUACCCAUAGAAAAAUGUAAACUUUUUCCUCGGGGGAAAACGAAAAGACAAGAAUUCGUAUAAAAUGUGAUAUGCAUAUUGUGUAACUAUAAAAUGUUCAUGGAUUAUAUAUACCCUAGGUAUGUGCAGAACAAACCAGAUAUGCAAGUAAACCUUUAUAUUAUAGAUGUACACCACUCUAUAUCCAAUUGUAUAAUAUACCGAUCUUUUAUAU